UAUUAAAAUCUAUUUUGCUUUUUUAAUUUAUUUUUAUCAAUAGUAUCAAGUCUGUUAAUUAACCUUAACCUAGUUAAGAAUUCAAACACUUGCAAAGCAGGCGAGGAUCCAAUCUUCUUUCUACACCUUCAUCACACUCCUACAUAUAGUCAGAUGGUUUAAACAACAUUCUUUUCUGUACCAGAAAUCAACGUAACCAAUCUGCAGUUUUAUCAUGGAAUAUCAAGGCUUCCGAGUCCUGCUUCACCUAAGAUUGGGUAUCAUGCUGACAUUGCUUGCUGGAAUUACCUAUUGCAAACACGCCCCUGCAUCGUUCUCUGAGCUGUUUAGGAGGCAUAAAUAUAUCACAGAAGCAUACUUUCAGAAACACGAAACCUUAAUAGACCGCGCUUUCCAAGAUUUCAUAUCCAGUGAGCUUUCUCAUGUCUUCUGUGGCAAACAGAAUUUCAUGCCAAAACUGUCGGUUAUGCAGCGGCAGUUAAUCGGCGAAGGUUCUCACCGGCGUUUAACUUCAUCCGUUAAAAUUGAAAUCCAGCCAGAAGUUAUAUCCUCACUCUCCUGUGAGGCCAUAGUUAUUGAGAGACUGCCUUCUGGAGUAUUUGCUGACCCGUUUGAGCUAGAACAUCUUACAGGACGUGGUGUGUUUAGUGGUGCUUCUGCGUUUGGGGACACAGAUUUAGAGUUGCCUACCGUGCGGGCAAAUCGAUCCGUUGUUGAGGUUCACGUGGAUCUGAGCCCUAAUUCUUUGUCUGGAAACAAGAACAGCUGGGAACUAAAGAUUGAGAUUCCGUUGCAUGCACGUUAUGCGUUAUUUUUUAUUUCUGCAGCCAUUGGGGAAACACGGUUACACAAGAGUCGAAUUUGAGUCUCCCGACUUGUUCGUACAUUGCGUUGAUGAAGGGGACACACUUAACCAAAGCUGUAUAUUUUCAUCAACCGAUGAGGGUGUUAGAACGAGUCCACAUGCUAUUGUUUGGGAAGUACCUUCAGGAAUUGUGAAACACACAAAAAUCGUGUCUGUGCUUACUUUUAUUGCAGCAGUUGUAGGUGCUUUAUCAGUUUUCAUGGCAUGUAUCUUUUAUUCAGAAGUUUCCGUCUACAACGGUACAAAACAAUCUUAGUAUGUUUAAGGUUUAUGUUUGUUCAGUACUUAUGUAGAAGAUUAUAUCGUUCUUUUGAACCUUUUAUUCUACAAAUAUCUUUUGCCACUA